AUGUCGGCAAAUAGUAAGGACCAGAAGGGAGAGUAUUUGUUCGACAAUAACCUGUCAGACCUGGACACACUGCUGCCUCCGUCGUCAUUCACGCAAAAAAAAGAUGCACUAAAAAAGUACGUAUCGCUGCCCAAAUUCUCGGGGAAGCUGCUCGUGAUGUUCCUGGGCUGGUAUGGUCUUAACGCACUGUACGUGGUGGAAAACAAGGUUAUCCUCAACGCAGUCCCGCUGCCGUGGACACUUAGCUCGCUGCAGCUGACAGUGGGCUGGCUGUUCGCAGCACUCUACUGGGGAACGGGGCUGAGAGAGAAGCCGUCGUUUAAGUCGAAGGGAGUCUUUUUCAAGGUAUUUGUCCCUCAGGGGCUGUGCCACCUGUUCGUACACCUGGGAGCAGUGGUGUCGAUGGGCAUAGGAGCAGUGUCGUUCACACACAUCAUCAAGGCGCUGGAGCCGCUGGUGACUGCGGUCUUCUCGCUGAUAUUCCUGAGGGAGGUCUACAACGCGCUCGCAUACGUCUCGCUGGUGCCGGUGGUGGUGGGAGUGGGCAUGGCCUCGUACAAGGACGUGAGCUUCAGCUGGCCGGCCUUCUGGUUCGCAAUGAUGUCGAACGCAGGAAGCUCAGUGCGGGCGAUCUUCGCGAAGAUGACGAUGAAGAACAAAAACGAGCUGGGCAAAAACCUGGACGCGAGUAACAUAUACAUGGUCCUGACGCUGGUGGCCUCAGUGGGCUCGAUGGCGCUGGCGUACGUGACCGAGUCGAAGCACUGGGUGCCCUACUGGGUUAACGGCACGGCCAAGAUGACGCCCAAGGACAAGCAGGUCUUCCUGCUGCGGGCAUUCGGCUCCUGCGUCUGCUACUUCCUGUGCAACGACUUCGCGUUCAUGUGCCUGGGGGAGAUCAACCAGCUGUCCCACGCAAUAGCAAACACACUCAAGAGAAUAGUGCUCAUAACCACGGCAGUGUUCAAGUUCAACUACAAGGUGACGAGGAGAGGGGUUUUGGGCAUAGCAAUCGCACUGGCAGGAGCAUUCUUCUACUCAAUACUAAAGUAA